ACUCAAUGUAUGGAACAAAGAUAUUUUUCAACCCUGAUAUUCCUGAGGUCCUUGCUAUCAAGCAAGGUACGUACAUUGCAAUAUUCUCUUCCUAAUAGUACCCACCAUGCCCAUUCAUUUUAUGCUGACUCAAUUCAUUCUUAUUUUAAGCAUAAUGGUCAAUCAAAGUCUCACACCAUUCAACAAUCAACUCAAUGAUCAUAGCCAAUUGAAACCAGAAGAUGACUUCUUACGCCUGACGCCGAGGAUGGAUAUUGAGCAAAUGAAGGAGUGCAGUACGGUAAUAAAAUUAAUAUCAAUGAAACCUCAACCUGUAAAAUCAGCAAGGGUAGCUUGAAGGCUAAGUUGUUGCAGCAAUCUUCUUUGAUCAUAUGGGAUGAAGCGCCUAUUUUGAACAGAUUUUGCUUUGAAGCUCUUGAUAGGACACUCAAGGAUAUAAUGUCAUCUGAGAAUCGAGCAAAUGCCAAUAAACCGUUUGGAGGUAAGGUAGUUGUAUUAGGAGAGGAUUUCAGACAAAUACUCCCUGUUAUUCAAAAGGGAUCUAGACAAGAUAUAGUUGCAGCAACUGUAAAUUCUACAUAUUUAUGGGAAAACUGCAAAGUUCUUUCCUUGAAAUAAAAUAUGAGGUUACUUAAUACGAAUGGACAUCAAGAUAAUGAUGACAUCAAAGAAUUUGCUGAGUGGAUUCUUAAAUUGGGAAACGGUGAAUCAGCAACCAAUGAUGACGGUGAAAAGCUUAUUGAUGUUCCUCAUGAUCUUUUGAUUACUGAUCCAUCUGAACCGUUGCUCCAACUUAUACAGUUUGUUUAUCCAGAUAUGGUUUCUCAUCUUACAGAUCCAACCUUUUAUCAAGAAAGAGCUAUAUUAGCCCCCACAUUAGAAUCAGUUGAAAAAGUCAAUCAAUAUAUUUUAUCUUGCAUUGAAAGGGAAGAAAAAGAAUAUCUGAGUUGUGAUUAUGCUUGCAAGUCUGAUGAGGACAAUGAUGUUGAAGCUGCAUGGUUAACCCCGGAGUUUCUACAUGAAGUAAAAUGUUCAAGAAUUCCAAAUCACAAAUUGGUGUUGAAGAAAGGGGUGCCUGUCAUGCUUCUAAGAAACUUAGACCAAUCCUCUGGAUUAUGUAAUGGAACUAGACUAUUAAUAGAGGAUUUGUGCCCAAAUGUGAUCGGUGUGACUGUUGUGACUGGAACAAAUUCCGGAAAAAAAGUUUACAUUGGUAGAAUGAGUUUGAUUCCACAAGACUCUGGUCUUCCAUUCAAAUUUGAAAGGCGACAGUUUCCAUUGGCUAUUUGUUACGCAAUGACCAUCAACAAGAGUCAAGGGCAGUCUUUGAGCCAUGUUGGAUUAUACCUUCCUAGACCAGUAUUCACUCAUGAUCAGUUUUACGUAGCAGUAUCAAGAGUCAAAAGUAGAAAAGGGUUAAGAAUCCUAAUAUUGGAUGAUGAAGGAGAAAUUACCACUUCAACAACAAAUGUUGCCUACAGGGAGGUCUUUGAAAAUAUUUGA